GCGCUCGCCCCAUUGUUCCCGCCUUUUUACCGGUCGUCAACAACCGUUUAUGCUAAUGAGAGCCGUUGGUGCGGAUCAACUCCUCGAGCGGGUCGCGGCCGGGCCGGGUCGGGCCGAGGAGACUGCGGGGGGCGGAGGCGUUUCUCACCGGCGGGCAUGAGGGCCGGGGUUGCGGGUAUUUUAGCAUUCACAUGCAUUGUGACUGUGAAUGCAUUCUACUCAUCAACUGAUGUGAUAAAGUUAACCUCAAUUAACUUCAACUCUCAAGUUAUUCAGUGUGACAAGCUGUGGCUAGUAGAAUUUUAUGUCCUUUGGUGUGAACAUUGUGAAGAGUUUGUUCCAGAAUGGAUUCAGGUGGCUAGUGCUCUGAAGGGUAUUGUUAAAGUUGGUGCAAUAGAUGUGACUAAAUAUGCGUCUAUAGGACAUCAAUAUGAAAUUGAAGAAUUUCCCACCAUCAAGUUCUUUGGAGUUAAUAAGAACAAGCCUGAGAAGUAUUAUGGUGGAAGGUCAAGUGUGGCCAUAACUAAUGGAGUCCUCAAUUCUAUUCGGUUCAUUGUAAGGGAGAGACUGGUUGAAAAAAGCAACAUAUGUGCAUCUGAAGAACAGUGUCACCGCAUAACAGAUAAAGAUGCUUUUGAACUGACCGAUAGUAAUUUUGACAAUCAAGUGGCUGGAGAUGAUGAAAUAUGGAUCGUGGAGUUUUAUGCACCUUGGUGUGAGCACUGUUUAAGUCAAGAACCUGAAUGGACUAAUGCAGUAGUUGAACUUGCAAAACGGACCAAGGGAAAGAUCCAUCUUGCAGCUGUGGAUUCUACAAUAAAUGUGAUGUUAGCCACUCGAUUUAAAAUACAAAAAGCGCCAAUGAUUAAGAUAUUUCAAACAAACAAAGAAGUCAUUGACUAUAGUGGUGAGAUAUCUGCACCUAGCCUUAUUGCCACAGGACUUGAGCUGUAUUCUAAGAUGCCACUAUAUAAGCCAUUUGAGCAAAUGGUCAGUGAAGAGAUCUUAAAAUCAGUCUGUGGUCUCCGGGAAUUAUGUAUUAUUGCUGUGGUGCCACACAUUUCUGACACAGGAACCAGUGGCAGAAGUGAUUAUCUGAACUUACUGAUGAAAAUAGCACACAGGUACAAGAAGAAAAAAUGGGGCUGGCUGUGGACAGAAUCCGGGGCUCAGCCAAAGUUGGAAUGUACAUUGGGUAUUAGAGGCCUUGCAUAUCCUAACAUAAUAUCUAUUGAUGCAAGAAGGAAAAAAUAUAUGCUCUUGAAGGGGUCAUUUAGUGAACGCAUAAUAAUUGAAUACUUUAGAAAACUAUCUUUGGGACAUGUAGCCAGAAUACCACUGAGCGCUAAUUUUCCUGAAGUCCAAACUGUGAAACGUUGGGAUAGCAAAGAAGAAUUUCCUGAAGAUCCUAUUAUCCUAAGUGGCCCAACAAUUCAAGAGUUAGAAAAUGAUGAGUUGUGAGUCAACACUUAACUCCUUCAAGGCUUCCAAUUUCCAGAGGAAAUUAAUGCUGUAUUGCUUAAGUACUUUCAUUACCUUAAGUGCUUUUAGAGCCUGGAAUAUAUUUCCUUUAUUUAAUUAAGCAAUAUAUAUCACCCAGCAGGUUUUCCAACAAUCAUAUUUGUAUACAGCUUAAUAUCAUCUAUCAGUUCAAAUUCUUCAACCUGCUUAUUUUUUUACAAUACUUGUAGUGUGUUAAGCACAUCUCAGUAGAGUAGAAAUUCUUUGUCAGCUUGUUCAGAUCCAAAAUUGCUCUCCACUGUGUACAAAAUAAAUGUUUUUCAUUUUCUGUAUGCUUUGGAAAUACUUGUACUUCAGUUACAGAAUAAAAAUAUUUUUGAUAACAUA